AUGCCGUUUGGGCUGAACCAGUCACAAUCUGACGAGAAACCUAGCAGUUCAGGGAAAAAAACUAGACGCGCCCUAUCCUCCCACCAGAGAGAGAUCACAGCCAAGAAAAUUCAAGUUGAAAGAGCGCUGGGGUUUGAACUGGGAGAGAUUUGGGGUUGUGCCUGCAAGAAGAUUCAAGGAAGUUUGGAACUAGCUACCAAUAAGGACGUUACUGAAUCGCGUGAAAAGCUCGAUUCCUUGAUUAAUCUUCUGAAAUUAGACGCUUUCUCAGCACGUAACCCACCAUUCCAGCAUUUCGCUUCAUUAAGGCCAUUCUGUCCCAAAACUACAAUGAGUUCUCGAGGUCGUACAGGUCAAAGAAAACGUCGACAAACCAGAGCUCAAGGAAAUCAAGAGGUCAACGAGAACACAAAAGGACCUGGGAAUGAGGCGCAGCACAAACUCAGUCCCAAUUCUGAUUUACCAUCUCAAAAUAAUUUUUCCAACAACGACGGGAAUCCAGAUCAACCAGUUAAUCGAAAGAAGACUGUCAGUGCCCCAAAACGUCCUAAACGUCACUCUAAGAAAAUCCUCCAAUUUCCGGGAAAGUCACAGGGGUCUAAGCGUACUGAAAACCAAUCAAAACUCCAAGGAGACAGUACCACAACAACUGAGGCCACCAAGCACCUCCCUCACCAGGAACACGGGUCCGGUGAAUCGAAGCAAAGCCCGGACGCUAACAAAAUUGGCAACGAUGAAACACGACACGUUGAUCCACUCGGAUCACUGACUUCGCCGUCCCAAGAAAAUUUGUUAUUUGAUAAACGAAAAGUCGUUAAAAGGAGUCUCAGAUUGGAUCUAACACCAGCAAAAAUCGUCAAAGAAUUGACCAAACUGGAGUCCGUAGAGGCAUUUUUAACCAAAAUGAGUAAUGUUUAUGAGUCAACUGAUUGGUUUUCUCAUCACAGUUCUACGAGUCUUCUCUAUAUACCUGAUGAAAUCACUUCUUUCAAAGAUGUGGUGUGUCCGGGACCUCUCAAGGUAACUUCCAGGAUGAUUUGCAAGAGCUGGCUUUUGUCCACAGAGCCUCCACCUAACACAGGCAAAAUUGUCGAAUUCGUGGAAAAUUUCUAUCGUCUAACUGACUUCAAAGAUGGCACUCAAGACUUAGCUUUCAUUGAUAUCGUCAAACCAGAAGUCGUGUUGGCAUCUUCAGGAUCUGAUCUAGAAUUGAGCUAUUCCAUUUGUUACUCCAUAACGCCUGCUGAAAUAAUUAAUGCCAGUCACCUGCCAGAACUCGGGUUGGUGUCCAAAUCCGACAGUGCAAAACCCUCAUUGAAGAUCGAAGACAAGUUGACCGAGGUGAAACUGCAACAACAGAGAAUAACUUAUCCAGAACUCUACUGCUCUGUGAAUUUCGUGGAAGAGAGUGAGCCCUGUCUACCAGAACAGCCCGGACAUAACAACCUCUCUCUGUGUGGCGACUUAGGCUCGCCCAUUGGAGAAAACCCGAGUUUGUCGUUAAAACAGGCCUACAACAUUGUCGCCCCAUCGAUAAAGCCGCCACUACUGAUUUGCGAUCCCUCUGUGCCAACAGACCAGGACGUCUCUUCUGCUUUGCUGACUGAAAACUCCAGUAUUAGUGAAAUACCACCCGCCUCGAAUGCCGCCACCUCGGAACCGACAAGCCACCAGCACGCGUCUUGCCAAACUACCAGAAGCUGCCGCCCUACUCAAGCCGAGAUACGGAGAAUGAGUGCUCUCCUCUUUGUGGGUAACUGUCUCGUCUUGUCCGCCGUCUUCCUAGCGAAGGGCUUCGACUCCACCUUGGGACAGGGCGACUGGGCAUCGAUUGGUGGGGCCGCUUCAGCCCUCUUGACCUUCGUGUCGCUGUCUUUCUGCAGACGACCCAGUGCCCGUUAG